GUAUAGUAGAAGUAUUUUAAUAAGUAUAUUAAUGAUAUCGUAUUUAAGUCACAGACGGAAAACCGUGUCAAAACCUGCAUUUAACCAACACUACCAGAUCCUUGCUCAUUUUUCAACCCCAUUAAUAAGCAUCUGAUACGGCAACAUUGUUUUUAAUUUACGUCGUCAUACGUUUUUGUUUAUUGUGGAAAUUGGAAUUAUUCUCCAGCAGUUCUCUUAUUAUACAUUUAUCAAUUUUUGUUUUUUGUUUUAUGCAAAAUUGUUAAUCUAACCGCAAAAAUAAAAUACAAUAACUAAUAUCAUAUAAUUUAUACACUGAAAUUCAACUAGUAUUUCCAAUAAUACAAUUUUCACAGCUACCAAAACAAUUAAAACAAGCAUAUACAAAUAAAUAUUGGAAAUUUAUUAUUAAUAAAAAAAGUGCAAAGAUAAAAUCUAUUUAGCCAGACGACCUUCCAGUCAAAGAGCACCAAGUAACUUAAGGAAAACGUAUAAUAACUAUCUUGUUAUGUGUAUAAUAAUAAAAGUAUAAAAUAAGCAUUUUAAGUAGAAGUAAAGAAAAGUUGGCGGUUAGUAACCACAACUGUAAAGAAGCUGUAACUGAGCUAAGGCCUGAAUAAUUUUGUAUCUAAAAAUGCUUCCGCGGCAGCAAACCGCACAGCAACAGCAAACACAAUGUAAGAAUUUGGAUUUUCGCAAACGCCAAAUAGAUACACUUAAAGUAUUCAAUGACAAUGUUGUGGAAGUGGCAGAACAAGAAGAGUAUUGUAUACAUUUCGAAUCUAGUGGACGUACAUUAUUACUUACAGUCCAACUCGGCGUGAAUUUUCCCAAUGAGCGACCCAAAAUAGUUAUAUCACCAACUGUACAACAUCAUUGGGUUAAUGCGGCGACAGGUGAAGUUGAAACGGCGCCUGGAUUACUCAAUUACUCUCCACAUUCCGAUCUGGGUCGCGUUGUGCAGGCAAUUAUACGCGAAUUCGAGCGUUUUCCACCAUCUAUUGUCAAUUCCGGUAGCCCCAUUAAUAUACCAACGCGUGCCAACGCCACUGCUACGCCAACAUCCAUUGCGGCAAAAUCAUUGGACAGCAGCAAUGAGAAUUCGCCAUUGGAUUCGUCAAAAUCAUGCAAACUCAAUGAAAGCAGUUUGCCAAACCUCUCUACAUUGUCGCUUGAUGAACUGAAGCAGCUCGACACCGAUCCGCAAUUUUUCGAUGAUUUUAUUGAAGAAAUGUCUGUUGUACAGCAUUUGAACGAAGAGCUUGACUCAAUGAUCAAUCAAGUGGAGAUAAUAUCACGUGAAAAUGAAUCUAAAGAAACGCAUUUGGUCGAAUUAAAGCGCAAACUAAGUGACGAUGUUACUGCGCUUAAAAAUCUCGGUGAAAAGUGUGAUCAACUAAACAAAAAGUACUUAAAGAAGUCAGAGGAAUACGCACCGCAACACAUACGCGAAUUGCUGCAAAUUGCCGCCUCAAAUGCGGACAGCGAAUGUGAUCGACACGUAGAGCAAUUUCUUAACGGUAAAAUCGAUGUGCAAACAUUUCUAAAUAACUACACGCAUUCGAAGAAAAUCAGUGCCGAGCGUAAGGCAAAGGAGGAACGCUUGGGGCAUCAGCUGACGGCCUUAGAGCGCGCCGCUAUGUAAGCCGACAGUCGCUCUGCAUCGCAGCAUAUUUGUAUUAAACAUGUACUUGCCUGCAAGUGAUUUAGCUUUUGUAAGACAUAUAGCCGUUAUAUAGCAAUUAUGAAUCUUGCGCAGCGCGGUAUUGCUUUUAGUUUGAGCUACUAUUUGUAACCAAAUGACCUGCAUAUAAAUUUGGUCCAAUUGUAUUUGGUGUCAAGUAAUGUUAUUAGUUAAACAUCAAAAUGUGUGGUAGUGUCCAACUCAUGUAAUUAAAAACAAACAGUAAAUUAAAAAAAUUAAAACAAUUUAAUUAAUUUACGCUCAAUCAUAGUCAAACAGUAAAACUACACUUAAACUUAUAUUAGUUGGAUUUUUUUCUUGUAAAGAAAAAAUAUAAAUUAAGUAUAUGAAAUAUAUUUUUUGUUUUAAAUUAUUGAUCCGUUGAAACGAAUUCCAUUUCUUUGACUACUACUGAAUGAAUAAAAAAAAUACGCUACGCGAAGUAGUGAGUGCGUGCGCCGAGACGCGUUCUGCGCUCGUAAAUAAGCGCCUAAAUACAUACAUACCAAUAUUGUGAAUGAAUUACAUUUAUUUUCCUACAUUUGUGCAAAUAUUUUGUAGUAUUGUAAAUGCGUUAUAAUUAUAAAACAUAAAACAAAAACGAAAAAAAAAGAAAACUAAUAUAUUGUGAUUUCAUUAGAAACUUAGUAAUAAGUAGAAAUUAUUGGCAAUAAGUGUAUAUAUUAUUUAUUGCAAUAAAUUUAAUUCAAACCAAAAUAUUAA